AUGAGUUUGGAUCGUGUCAUUCAGGAUUCCGACGAGGAAGAACCCUUCGAGGGGGAUGACCUCCCCACCUCUGGCAACCCUCCCCACUCCUCCGAGCCCGCAUUGCAGCAGGAAUAUCAACAUGUCCCCGCCGAACAGACCACCCACAAUGCAGUGUAUAAACACGGCCCUGCUCCCGAUGAAAGCAUGUUCCCGCAGCUGAACGUCAAUUUUGAUGAAUUCCUCCAAUCGCAAGAACAGGCCCAUUCAAUACUAUCGUCGUCGCAGCAGCGGCGGGAGGACAGAUGGAUCCCCUCAACUAGUGAGGGCGGAAGUGGAUCAGUUGGCGCUAUGAUGACGGAGAUCGGACUCGCGCAGAGAAGACUUCUGGACGAUGACCCUUCAGGUGCAAGCCUGCCGCUCCCGUCUACGGCCGCGCUGUACUCGACAGAAUCAUUUCAGUCUGCGCCGUUUCCCACUGUACCGAGUUACCACUCGUAUCAGAUGGGCCAACUGGAGAGUGGUAGCUUCACAUAUAAUCCAGCACCCAUUAGCGCCUACGUCGAUGCAAAUCAGACUUCACUGCACCCCAGACAGGGUAUCUAUGAUUUGAUUCCCCCCAAUACCACUAACUCAAUGGCCUUGCCUCCAAAAAGUGUCCCUCACCAAACUACCGAGUCCUUCAUGGAACAAGAAAAUCUGCACCCAAACCUACCCCAGGAAGUCCCACAGCCCGAAUCUCAGCAGGUGGGGUGUUCCCCCCAUGAUACUGAGCCUCUCUCCUCGAUUGCAUCCAUGCGAUUUAGCGAAGUAAAGACUACUACUGCCGGAACCAGUCUCAUUUGCCCGCAGCAAUCCCAGUCAAGCACGCAUGACGAGCUUUCUCUGCCAGCUGUCAUACCAACUGUGCCAGACUUCGAAACGCCCGGUGCAAAGAAAAAGCGAGGAAGGCCCAAGAAACAACUUGUUCCAGAUAACGACGAAGAUGAUGAGCUAGCCAACUCCCGGGACCACGAGUUCAAAUACCCUGGUGCGAAUGAGAUCACGGAAGAUAACACCCCGGCCUCGAAUGGCGUCUCCGACGAGACUGACGAAGAUGAUCUAGAAGCAGCCCCCAAGCCUGCAAACACAGGGCCCAAGGAGCCAAAAAAGAAGAAAGCCAAAAAAAGCAAGACGACACCCGCCCUUGAGCCUGAUGCCAAUGACGACGUGAUAUGGGUGGACACAAAGCCUCUCAACAUGGAGUCUUCAACCGGGAGUGCCACUCCACAGACAGAAAUCCCAGACCCCUCAAGACAGGAUCUAGACUCCAAUGUUCUGGACUCAAACCCCACUGUUAUUCCCCAGGCACCGAUUCCCGCAGUCGAAGAGAAGACUCAGAACGCCGAAAAAGCAGCACCCAAGAAACGCGGACGCAAGCGAAAGCAGACAAUCGAGCAAGCGGAAACACCAUCAGAGUCCGCAGAUACACCUGAACCAAACAAGCCGGCCUCCGGAGCCCAGACUCCUGCGUCGAAGUUGGCCGUCAUUGUUGAUAAUAGUCCCAAAUCCGUACUGGAAGCUGACACCAGUAACAACGAUACAUCUGCUAUUCAAAGCAAGGACCAGAACCCCCAUCCACUUCCUGGUCCUGACCCGCUCCCUGAACCUACAAUUGAUACCCCUCAACCUCAGACUCCCCCGAAGCCUGAAGCUGUGUCUGUUAAUACACCGCAGAACGCAGCAAAGGGCCCAAAUAAACAUAGUCCCAUCUUGGCGCGGAGUGGGGUGCCUUACCGCGUUGGGUUGAGUAAGAGGGCGAGGAUUGCGCCGUUGCUUAAGAUGGUACGGAAAUAG